AUGUGGAGGUGCUUAUGAGUAAAAAUGAGGCAAGGGCAGCUGCUGAGCCCAGCGUCCGGCUGUUUCGAGCAGCACUCCUGUUUUUUUUUUCCUCUGGAACCUUCCAGAACACCCUCCCUGCUGGCUUCUAGUCACUCAGCAUCUGGGGGAGACAGCCUCUUCCAGCUGCACAAAGCUAACUCAGCCUAACCCCAGAGCUGCCUUGUUCUGGAAAGUUGCAGAAGAAUCCCUCCUGGCUGGUCCUGUGGUGUUGGUGACAGCAUGGAGGAUGGCAGGCUGUUCCAGGGGGAUGGCAGCUACUGGGAAGAUUUCCACAGCUGCACGGUCACGGCCCUCACGGAUUGCCAGGAAGGGGCGAAAGAUAUGUGGGAUAAACUGAGACGAGAAUCCAGAAAACUCAACAUCCAAGGCAGCUUAUUCGAACUCUGCGGCAGCGGCAACCGGGCGCCCGGAGCGGUGCUGCCCUCGCUGCAGGUGCUGCUGGCCUCGCUGUCCGCAGCCCUCGCGUCCUGGCUGGCCCUCUGA